ACCCGGUUGUGGUCUCGCCGGAAGUAGCCAGGGCCGAGGCGGAUGGCACGCCUCCCGUAAUUACACGCGAAAGGCAGGCAAAAGAGGAAGGGAAGAACGGACACGCCCGCCCCACCCACACGGCCACACGCUGCCUCUGCUUGACUGCUAGUGCCAUCCACUCCCAAUCCGAAUCGAUCCCCACCUCGCAGUCGCGGCGGGGGAUCCAUCUCGCCGGCAGCGGCGCCCCGGAACUGCUUGGUCUCCGCCGCUAACCCGCCCCCGUACCACCAGCACGGAACCGAGCAGCCGGCGAGCCCGAUGAAGGCGUCGAUCAAGUUCCGCGACGACGACCGGCCGCUGAUGCGGGCCAAGGUGCCGGUCGGCGUGCUCGGGCUGCCGUUCCAGUCGGGCCUCGCGGCGGGCGGGGACCCGCGGGAGCUCCGCUUCGACCUCUCCACCGCCUUCGCGUCGGGCCCGGCGCUCCGCCUCUCGUACCGCCCCAACGACCCGGGCCUCCCCUUCGCGCUCACCGUCCGCGCGGGGCUCGGCCCGCUCGGCUCCCCGGCGCGCGCGCCCUUCGUGCUUGCCGCCGAGUUCAACCUCCUCUCCUCCGACUCGUCCACGCCGGCCUUCUUCCUCCGGCUCAAGCCCCGCCUCGGCGACUUCUCGCUCUCCCACACGCUCGGCUCCCCCUCCGACGGCGCUGCCCCGGCGCCCCGUAAGGUCGGGGAGGCGCACCCCGACGCCGACGGCCUCGGCCACGUCCGCGAGCAGGAGUUCGGUUACAGGCCGUCGUUCUCGUUCACCGGGAGCGGGCUCGCGGCGGACGUGGCGGCGGCGGGGACGAAGAGCGGGGUCGGCGCGCUGCUGUCCGGGAUGCGGCUGACGACGCGGAGCGUGCUCCCGCUGUGGGGCAGGGUGAGCCUGCGGUUCAACUGGGGCCUGCGCGUGCCGCCGGAGCUGCUCGCGGACGGCGGCGGCCGCAGCAGCAAGGGCGCGCGCGCGCCCGUCAGCAAGAUGCCGCUGCUGGUCAUGAGCAAGCUCUCCAUCGAACGGUCCCCGCGCGCCGACGUGGACAGCAGGAACCCCUCCCCGCUGUGCGUGGACGCGCCGGACGGCCCGGGAGACGGCGAGGCGGCGGCGUUCUCGCUGGUGAGGCGACAGCUGGAGUCGCUGAACGUGGACAACAUGAUGCUGCGGCGCGCCGUGGAGGACCUCCGCGCCGAGAUCAGGAGGAGCAGCAGGAGGAGCACGCCCGUGGCUGCCGCCGGUGCCCGAGGCGAGGGCAGGGUGGCGGCGACUGCGCCGCCGCCGCAGCAGCCUUACCACGCGUUCCCCACGAAGCCGGACCGCCCCCGGGGCGCCGCGAGGGAACCCGUGCCCGAGAAGGCGGCCGCGCCGGACGACGUGGGCGAGGAGCUCAAGAAGGCAUUGGAGGCGCGCCUGCGGUGAGCUAAGCCACGGCGGCCACUGCACGGCUCGGCAGCUCGCCGCCGCGGGCUAGCAUGCCGCUGUUAAUUUCGCAGCCAUGUGUUCAAGGAGUGGUCUGGUCAUUUCUGUGCUGGAUCAUGUGAGCAACUAGUUCAGCUUCCUCCAGCUGCAUCAUUUCUGUGCUAGAUCAUGUGGGGGAUUUCAAAAUGGCUUUUUGUAAGAUGAUCCAUACAGUUGAUGAUCCUGAGUUGGCCGAAGCUUUGGCGGUUCGAUGUGCUGUUCUUUUUGCACAAGAACAUAAUCUUCAGCAAGUCAUUGUGGCAUCUGACUGUCAAAAUAUCAUCAAGAAGAUAAAUUCCCCACUUCAAGAUAGAUCUCAAGUUGGAGUUAUUGUUCGUGAUGUGAAGAAUUUAGUCUAUGGGGCUCCUGUCUCUUUUAUUUUUAAUCGUAGAAGUUGCAAUGAGGCAGCUCAUGUAAUGGCUAGAAUAGCUGAGCAGUUCUCUGAAUCAGUUUGGUGUAAUGAUGCUCCGGAUGCAAUCCGAGCUAUCCUUUGUAACGAUAAGUUAAAUUUAUAUAAUGCUGCUUUUCAAAAAAAAAAAA